AUGCAGGCGGAUUUAGAGAUACGGAGCUCGUCUCCGAGCUUGUUUGUUAACGAAGAUGAAGAAAAGGAGUUCGCCGAGAUCGCCGCGAAGAUCUCGGAGGAUUUUGAUUUUAAGCUGAGCUUUUUGAAGAUAGCGAGUGAGCAACAAGGCGAAGAAUCUGACGAAGUUGAAGAGGAGCAUAAUGAAGCGGAGGUUGCUGAUGAUGAUGAUUUCACAUUCGCAAUCAACGGCUCAGAUUCAACGGCGAUUUCUGGCGAAGGCGCGUCCACGGAAGCUCAGAUCCGGCCGUAUUUCCCGUUAUUCAACCAAGAUCUGUUGCUAGCGCCCGAGGAUUACAAGAAAUCGGAGAAUAAACUGCCGUCGCGGCCGCCGGUGGAGAAAGUGUUCAUCGAAUCGCCGCCGUCGGAAGGCGAAACGAACGCCAACAGAAUCGCAUCUGGACCGUACUGCGAGUGGGAGAAAGCGACGCCGGAGCUUUCAAAGAAGAGCAACUCCACCGGUUUCUCGAAGCUAUGGAGAUUCAAGGAGUAUUUGCACCGGAGUCACAGUGACGGACGUGACGCGUUCGUAUUUUUGAACAACGAAGCUAAACGAGAAGUGAAAUCGGUUCAGAAAAAGAUCACCGGAGAAGCUUCGUCGGAGAAGAAACCGGAAGUGAAAGUCGCCGCAGAAAAGAAGGCGGUGAAGAAGGGGAAGAAGACGGCGCCGCCGUUGUCGGCACACGAAGUGUAUUUGAGAAGUAAAGGAAUAUAUCCGGAUUACGAUAGACGGCGAUCGCAUCUUCCGUUUCAGCCUGUUGGUUUCUUUACUAAUGUUAGUGGUGGUGGAUUGAGUAAAAAUGUUCAUCCUUAUUAA